GGUCUGGAGACCAUGCUGUUUGUCCUGUUUUUGUCCUUCUACAUCUUCACCCUUCUGGGGAACUUGCUCAUCCUACUAGCAAUUGUUUCCUCCACUCGGCUUCACACUCCUAUGUACUUCUUCCUGUGCAAGUUGUCCGUUUUUGAUAUAUUUUUCCCUUCUGUGAGUUCCCCCAAGAUGUUGUUCUACCUCUCAGGGAACAGCCGCACAAUCUCCUAUGCAGGCUGUGUGUCCCAGCUCUUCUUCUACCAUUUCCUGGGCUGCACUGAGUGUUUCCUGUACACAGUGAUGGCCUACGACCGCUUUGUUGCCAUAUGUUACCCUCUGCGAUACACGAUCAUCAUGAGUCACAGAGUGUGUGCCAUCCUGGCCACUGGGACCUCAUUGUUUGGCUGUGUUCAGGCCACCUUUCUAACCACUCUCACCUUCCAAUUGCCUUACUGUGGCCCCAAUGAUGUGGACUAUUACUUCUGUGAUAUCCCAGUGAUGCUGAAGCUGGCUUGUGCAGAUACCUCAUCCCUGGAGAUGGUGGGGUUCAUCAGCGUGGGCCUCAUGCCCCUCAGCUGCUUCCUUCUCAUCCUCACCUCCUACAGUCGCAUUGUCUUCUCCAUCCUGAAGAUCCGCUCUGCAGAGGGCCGACGCCGUGCCUUCUCCACCUGCAGUGCCCACCUCACGGCUAUCCUGCUUUUCUACAUGCCAGUGGUCCUCAUCUACCUAAGGCCAACACCAAGCCCCUCGCUGGAUGCAACCGUUCAGGUUCUGAAUAACCUGGUGACCCCCAUGCUGAACCCCUUGAUCUACAGCCUUAGGAAUAAGGAGGUGAAAUCAUCACUAAAGCAGGUCCUGCAUCAGCUGGGCUUUCUUCCUGAGAAGUUGUAAAGAGAGACCAACCACACCUCAUAGCUUGUGUGGCAUUUUUAUUUGGUUCUCAAAGAUAUUUUUGAAUUUGAGCACCCAGAUAUUAUUACCUCUAUUUGCAGGGACCAAGAUGGAAGAGUAAAAGUAACUUGUCCAAGGACGCACACCAUGAAGAGCAAGACUCUAGGACUGCUUUUCUGGCUCCGGGACUUGUGUUCUCUGUGCAUAUUAUAAUAUUCAUGUGGGAAGGAGGGAACUCUUUCCAGCAUGGAAAACAACCCAGAGCUUCUGCUUCUCAAUCUUUAUUUUCUGCAUCCUCCUUCACCUCCUUCAAGCCUUCUUUUCCCUCUUGUACUGGCCCUCUUUCUGCUUGGCUGUAGUGAUGCACCUCAAAUACUCACACUGGAUUAAGCUCCUGUUAUAUGGAUACGAAAAUUGUUGAAAAAGCACCAGCGGUACCUCUUUGUGGCUCCCAAGAGCAUACAAUUACUUCUGAAUUUUACAUAAAUUGUAUAAACAGGAAGACUUCUGGCUCAGACAGGAGGCAGGUGUCUUAGGGGUGAGGCCAAAAUACCAUGGUUCAGUGUGACUUACUAACCUUGCCUGUGAGUAUUAGUCCUGGAAUCAGGCCCUGAGAGAGAGCAGAAAGGUGAACUCAUGAAAGGGUAACUGUGAUGUGAUUUCGUGUUAGAAAACUGGGCUGUUUUCUUUUUCUUGCUCAGUACAACCAGGAGGCAAUGAGGGAUGAGUCCA